GCUGGGGACGGUCGGUGGUUUCCACGGCGACGGCGACGGCGGGUGGCGGCCGGGCUUGGUCGACAUCUCGGGGGUCCAGGUUUGUGCUGCUGCAGCAGCAGGGAGGGUGGGCAGGUGAUCCCUCUGUAUUUGAGCCAGAAUUAUGGGAUUAUUUGACAAGCUAGCGGGAUGGCUUGGGCUGAAGAAAAAGGAGGUUCACGUUUUGUGCCUUGGCUUGGACAACAGCGGCAAAACUACAAUCAUAAAUAGACUUAAACCUUCAAAUGCUCAAGCUCAGGACAUCGUUCCAACAAUAGGAUUCAGUAUAGAGAAGUUCAAGACUUCGAGGUAUUUGUCUUUCACAGUGUUUGAUAUGUCAGGUCAAGGGAGAUACAGAAACCUCUGGGAACAUUACUACAAAGAAGGCCAAGCCAUUAUUUUUGUCAUUGAUAGCAGUGACAAAUUAAGAAUGGUUGUGGCCAAAGAAGAACUUGACACCCUUCUGAAUCAUCCAGAUAUUAAGCACCGUCGACUGCCUAUUCUCUUCUUUGCUAACAAGAUGGACCUCAGGGAUGCAGUAUCAUCUGUGAAAGUAUCUCAGUUACUGUCAUUAGAAAACAUCAAAGACAAGCCCUGGCAUAUCUGCGCCAGUGAUGCUCUUAAAGGAGAGGGAUUACAAGAAGGUGUGGAUUGGCUCCAAGAUCAAAUUACACAAUCAGAUCCAAGCAAUGAAGACAUGAGAGAGAAAUGAAAGAUGAAUAGCGUUCUUUUACAGACUUUGUCAGUAGGUGUACAAGUUCCUUGGAAAGGAAGAAUGAUUUAAAGAAAAUGAACAGUUCAGCUAAAAUACACUGUGGUGACUUGUUUGCUUUUAGUAUCUCUUCCUGGAAAACUGAAUGUAGACAACAUAGCACUUCAGGUGUACACAUUGAUGAAUUAAAUUGAAUCUUGGGACUGGAGAGCAUAUUUUUUAAAAAGAUUUGUGUUAACAAUAAACAUUUGCAUUCAUUUGAGUUUUAGGUGAUAAUUAGCCAUCAGGAAAUGCCCCUCUGUUUUUUAGGGGGGGGCACCUUUUGACCAAAUGGAAAUAUUUAUUUUCCUGAGAAAGAAUAAUCAUCACUUCCUGAAAUACAGCUGCAUGAGAUAGCAACAGACUUUAGGUGCCCAUUUUUAGGUAUUUCUGCAAUUUUUUUAUUACAAAGUUUGAUGUUGGGUUUUUAGUAACCACCUACAAUAGGCUUCUAGAGGAAUAUUUUGAUUUAAGAUACCAGGAUUCAAAUAUUCAGUGUAUUUGGUAUUGAUGGUUGCAGAUGUUUUUAAGGAACUUCUUUUAAUGAAAUGCUAUAAAUUGUUUUUGUGAUAUGCCAUGGUUAUAUUUGCAUUCCCAUCAAUAAAACUUCAAAUAUACAAUAUGCCAUGGUUUGUUUUGUUUAAUGUAAAUAUGUUCAUUGAUGGUCUUUACAUCUUAGAGAUUUUUGGGUUUCUGUUAGUUUUAUUUGGAAUUUGUUUAUCUGUUUUCCAAUGGAAAUAGCACUGUAUACUGUAAUAGUCUCUCUUGACGAGCUUUUUUUUUAAUUGCAUAUAUUUGUUACACUUUCUAAUAAACUGGACUGCUCUUCCAGAUAUUUAAGGACCA